GUGAUAUUACAGUUUACAACUGUACCUCAGGAAACACCGAAAGAGAAGAUGGCAAAAAUGCAAUUCAUUUACAAGAAAUUGUGGAUUCGAAUAAUUGAUUCGCAAUUUUUCCUGUCAAAUAUUUGGACAUUUCAUGCAGAUAAUUCCAUUAAACUCUUAGAUUCCAUGUCUGAAGAAGAAAAAGAAAUUUUCGAUUUCGAUGUGAGAAAAAUAGAUUAUUCUAAAUAUUUGGAAAAAAUUGUUUUAAAUAUAAAGACUAAUUUAUUAAAUGAAAGUCCUUCUACUAUUCCAUUGGCGAGAAAUCGUGCAAAAAAGUUAUUUUAUAUUGAAGUUUUCUCUUAUGUCCUAGCUUUUGGAAUAUUCAUUAUUAUAUGUCUUCAGUUAUGGAAAUACGUUUGUAAUAUGUUAAAUUGAAUAUAUUUUUAUGUAAAAAGUUUUAUAUUUCAUGUAAUUUUAUCA